UCAAAAUCUCCCGGUUACUGCAAGGUCUUUUGAGCUGUUCCGGGAAAGGCGUGGUCAGGCCACGGCGAGCCACACCCCCAACACUAGGGCGGUCUUCGCCGCGCCCAACCCUGCGGCCCCAGGUUGGGACCCAGCGGUGAAAACGUACUACUCCCUAUAUAACCAUCCGCCACAGAGAAAGUAGUUCCCAACCCAUAGCAGACUCCGUCAACCAUACUAGGCGACAUAUAAAAUUCUAGCUUCUGUCUAGAGUAAGCUAUGGUUCUGAGGCCUCGGAGUCACCUUCCGGCACACUGGAAACCUGUUUUUCCCCCGGUCGUCGUAGAAAGUAGUUCCGGCCUACGAUAGACUGAUGGGUCCCUCCGCAGCAGGGGAAAGAAGAUGGCGACCUCGUCGAUGCCGGAGUCGGAGAAGAACGCGCCUACGAAAGCGUCAGGUGAGUGUCGGGUGGAGUCAGGUCACCCCACUGCAUCCUGCUGUGAAGUGAGUCCACACUACGGGGGAUACCCGGCGGCAAGGUCCCGGCCGGCGGGGCUGUCCGAACAGGGCCCCGGGGUCCCAGGCCCUUUAGUCGCUCUCGCACUUGCCUGAGCGGAAACCUGGCGCCGCCACAAGAUGGCGUCGGGCCUGGAGCGCAGGCAGCGCCGGGGACAGCCCCGAGUCGCCAGGCCCCGGGACCGUCGUUGUCGGCCCCCUCCGCAUGGGAACUAGGGGAAGGGGGAGCGAGCCACUGACCAAGGGUGCCCGUGGGCUGUACCACCGACCCUGCACCCGGGGGAACUCGGGAGGCCGAAGGGCUGAACCACUGAUCCUGGACGGGACCCUUAGAGCGAACCACACUGCAGGAAUCGUGGAGGGGAGGAGAGAAGGGUCGUACCGGCCCUUCACCACCCUCCCGAGGAUGGGAAAGGACCCUGGGUUGGGGUGCAAGACUUCACGGUCCCGUUUUUCCGAAGCUCCCCUCUGUACACACGAGAUAGCCCCAUCCCGUCGGAGACUCAGUCUUUUCGCCUGCGGAAUGGGCACAAGGGUGCAGCUGGGUGGAGCGUGGGUGCCGGGGCCAGUAAGGUGUCCCACCCGUAUCAGCCCCCGCCACCUCUUCUCUCAGAUUGAAGGCCCCAGACCCUGCACCCCCUUGUCAGGCGGGCCCCCGAGCCCAUGGAGGAGAACGAGGUGGAGAGCAGUAGUGACGCGGCCCCUGGGCCUGGCCAGCCUGAGGAGCCCUCUGAGAGCGGCUUGGGUGUGGGCACCUCGGAAGCCGUGUCCGCCGACAGCAGCGACGCCGCCGCGGCCCCGGGGCCAGUGGAGGCCGACGACACCGGAGUGGGGCAAAGCUCGGACCGCGGCAGCAGCUCUCUGGUAUGGGCCGUGCUGGCCGACAUGGGUGGAGGCAGGGACCACAGGCAGCAGUGCCUGGCAGCUAAGGGGGAAGCUGCCAGCAAGGAGGAGGUAUCUGAGAGCAGCUCAAGCACAGAUCCGCUGCCCCAUGGCUACCUCCCUGAUUCAUCUUCUGUGUCCCAUGGAUCAGUGGCAGGGGUGACAGGUGGCCCCCCGGCCCUCGUGCACUCCAGUGCACUCCCAGACCCCAACAUGCUGGUGUCCGACUGCACAGCUUCUUCCUCAGACCUGGGCUCGGCCAUCGACAAGAUCAUUGAGUCCACCAUUGGGCCCGACCUCAUCCAGAGCUGCAUCACUGUGACCAGUGCUGAGGAUGGUGGGGCAGAGACCACGCGGUACCUGAUCCUGCAGGGACCAGAUGAUGGUGCCCCCAUGGCAUCGCCAAUGUCCAGUUCCACCCUGGCCCACAGCCUGGCAGCCAUCGAGGCCCUGGCCGACGGCCCCACGUCCACAUCCACGUGCCUGGAGCCAGCUGAGGAGGCCCGGGGUGGGCCCAGCUCCCCAGGACAGCCUCCCCCAGCUUCUGACACCGAGGAGCCAGACCUGCAGAGCCUGGAGGCCAUGAUGGAGGUGGUGGUAGUGCAGCAGUUCAAGUGCAAGAUGUGCCAGUACCGAAGCAGCACCAAGGCCACCCUGUUGCGCCAUAUGCGGGAGCGGCACUUCCGUCCAGCAGCAGCUGCAGCUGGUAAGAAGGGGCGUCCACGGAAGUGGGGCGCCUCGACCAAGACCCAGGAGGAAGAGGCACCAGAGGAGGAAGAGGAUGACGACAUCGUAGACGCCGGUGCCAUCGAUGACCUGGAGGAGGACAGCGACUACAAUCCAGCUGAAGACGAGCCCCGGGGUCGGCAGCUGCGACCCCAGCGCCCCACCCCCAGCACACUGCGACCCCGAAGGAGGCCCGGCCGGCCCCGGAAGCUGCCUUGCCUAGAGACGUCGGACCUCCCAGAUGGUGUGGAAGGAGAGCCUCUAGUGAGUUCCCAGAGUGGACAGAGCCCUCCGGAGCCACAGGACCCCGAAGCACCGAGCUCCUCAGGCCCAGGACGCCUGGUGGCCCUGGGCAAGGCCGAUAGGGUCCCCGUGGACCCCAGCGUGAGCCAGUCGGAUGCUGAGAACACAGCACCCACCUGUCAGGAGGAGCCUGACACCCCGCCCCGCCGCCGUGGCCGACCCUCCAGGCGCUUCCUAGGCAAGAAAUACCGCAAGUACUACUACAAGUCGCCCAAACCGCUCCUGCGGCCCUUCCUGUGCCGCAUCUGCGGCUCCCGCUUCCUGUCCCACGAGGACCUGCGCUUCCACGUGAACUCCCACGAGGCCGGAGACCCCCAGCUCUUCAAGUGCCUGCAGUGCAGCUACCGCUCCCGCCGCUGGUCCUCACUCAAGGAGCACAUGUUCAACCAUGUGGGCAGCAAGCCCUACAAGUGUGACGAAUGCAGCUACACCAGCGUCUACCGGAAAGACGUCAUCCGGCAUGCAGCUGUGCACAGCAGGGACCGGAAGAAGAGGCCAGAUCCAACCCCGAAGCUGAGCUCCUUCCCCUGUCCCGUGUGUGGCCGUGUCUACCCCAUGCAGAAGAGACUCACGCAGCACAUGAAGACACACAGCACUGAGAAGCCCCAUAUGUGUGACAAGUGUGGAAAGUCCUUUAAGAAGCGCUACACCUUCAAGAUGCACCUGCUCACACAUAUCCAGGCUGUCGCCAACCGCAGAUUCAAGUGCGAGUUCUGCGAGUUUGUGUGCGAGGACAAGAAGGCACUGCUGAACCACCAGCUGUCCCAUGUCAGCGACAAGCCCUUCAAAUGCAGCUUCUGCCCCUACCGCACCUUCCGGGAGGACUUCCUGCUGUCCCACGUGGCUGUCAAGCACACAGGGGCCAAGCCCUUCGCCUGCGAGUACUGCCACUUCAGCACGCGGCACAAGAAGAACCUGCGCCUGCACGUGCGGUGCCGACACGCGAGCAGCUUCGAGGAAUGGGGGCGGCGCCACCCCGAGGAGCCCCCGUCCCGCCGUCGCCCCUUCUUCUCCCUGCAGCAGAUUGAGGAGCUGAAGCAGCAGCACAGCGUGGCCCCCGGACAGCUCCCCAGCUCCCCGGGACUGCCCGAGGUCCCUUCAGAGGCAGCGCCUUUCCAGUCGCCUGAGACGCCCCCCCUGCUCUGCUCUGACACCCUGGGUGGCGCUACCAUCAUCUACCAGCAGGGAGCUGAGGAGUCAACUGCUAUGGCCACGCAGACAGCUUUGGAUCUGCUGCUGAACAUGAGCGCCCAGCGGGAGCUGGGGGGCGCGGCACUGCAGGUGGCCGUGGUGAAGUCAGAGGAUGGGGAAGCACAGCUGGCGGCCCCCGGUGGGCAGCCCUCCCCCGCGGGCGCCGCUGCACAAGUGGUAACCCUCCACGUGGCAGAGCCGGGGGGCGGGGUGGCAGCCGAGAGCCAGCUAGGCCCCCCUGACCUGCAGCAGAUCACCCUGGCGCCCGGUCCCUUUGGCGGGGCUGGAUACAGCGUCAUCACAGCACCCCCUAUGGAAGAGGGGACCUCCGCCCCUGGCACACCCUACAGUGAGGAGCCCCCCGGGGAGGCAGCCCAGACUGUGGUUGUGAGCGACACCCUGAAGGAAGCUGGCACCCACUACAUCAUGGCAGCCGACGGGACCCAGCUGCAUCACAUCGAGCUGGCUGCAGACGGCUCCAUCUCCUUCCCAAGCCCCGAUGCGCUCACCUCCGGAGCCAAGUGGCCUCUGCUGCAGUGUGGGGGGCUGCCCAGGGAUGGCCCCGCGUCCCCGUCUCCAGCCAGAACCCGCCCGGCGGGGGACCCCCAGGGCUCUGCCUCCCCACCGCCUACAAGCAGCAAAGCUCUGGGCCUCGUAGUGCCCCCCUCACCGCCAUCCGCAGCCACCGCAUCAUCCAAGAAAUUCUCCUGCAAGAUCUGUGCCGAGGCCUUCUUCGGCCGAGCCGAGAUGGAGAGUCACAAACGGGCCCACGCCGGCCCGAGCGCCUUCAAGUGCCCCGACUGCCCCUUCAGCGCCCGCCAGUGGCCCGAGGUCCGGGCCCACAUGGUGCAGCACUCCGGCCUGCGGCCCCACCAGUGCAGCCAGUGCAGCUUUGCCUCCAAGAACAAGAAGGACCUGCGGCGGCACGUGCUGACCCACACCAACGAGAAGCCUUUCUCGUGCCACCUCUGCGGGCAGCGUUUCAACCGGAACGGGCACCUCAAGUUCCACAUCCAGCGCCUGCACAGUCCUGAUGGGAGAAAGGCAGGGACCCCUACUGCCCGGGCCCCAGCCCAGCCCCCCACCCAGACCAUCAUCCUGAACAGUGAUGACGAGACAUUGGCCACACUGCACACCGCCCUGCAGUCCAGUCAUGGGGUCCUGGGCCCGGAGCAGCUCCAGCAGGCCCUGGGCCAGGAGCACAUCAUCGUGGCCCAGGAGCAGACAGUGACCAAUCAGGAGGAAGCCACCUACAUCCAGGAGAUCACCACAGCAGAUGGCCAGACAGUGCAGCAUCUGGUGACCUCUGACAACCAGGUACAGUACAUCAUCUCUCAGGACGGAGUGCAGCACCUGCUCCCCCAGGAGUACGUUGUGGUCCCAGAGGGCCAUCACAUCCAGGUACAGGAGGGCCAGAUCACGCACAUCCAGUACGAACAAGGGGCCCCGUUCCUUCAGGAGUCCCAGAUCCAGUAUGUGCCUGUGUCCCCAGGCCAGCAGCUUGUCACACAGGCCCAGCUUGAGGCUGCAGCACACUCAGCUGUCACAGCAGUGGCUGACGCUGCCAUGGCCCAAGCCCAGGGCCUGUUUGGCACAGAGGAGACGGUGCCUGAACACAUCCAGCAGCUGCAACACCAGGGCAUCGAGUACGACGUCAUCACCCUGACCGAUGACUGAGCCCCAGGGCACGACACAGACCAUGGAUGUUGGGGCCGGCCCUGCGGGGGUGGGGACCCCCACCGGGACUCAUGUCCUUGCUCCACCUGGGGUCUCCGGAUACUGGGAAGCCAGCAUCCUGUCACUCCAAGGGAGCCAGACCUGUGCGGUGGGGAACAGCCACGGGCGCCAGCCGGGACAUGCUGGGUGCCCCAGCCUGCAGGCAGGCUUUGGGAGAGAAAUUUAUUUUUGUUUGGAUGGAGCCACUGGUCUCUCAGUCUCAAUAAAGGGACCAGAGUCCAGGCCU